AUGAGAACCUUAAUGGAUCAGCUGCAAAGCAACUUUUUGAUGAAACCAUCUCUGCGCAUUACGAUAAGAUGCAGACUCUUCUUCGACGCUGAUAAGACGCUGGCCGCGGAUGAUACCGGUGCACGCUUCUGGGAGAGAAUCAAGGAGACAAAAGGCAAAGAUGAUCCGUUAAGCACACUGUUCGGAGGGCCACUGAAGUACUCGUAUACCGCAUUCCGACAGGCGAUGUUGUUGUAUGAGGAAUCAACCAACGAUGAUGAAUUUGACGCUAUCUGCGAAGAAGUAGCUACGUAUACACACCUCUAUCCACAAAUAUGCUCGCUUUUGCGCCAAGAGGGAAGAUACCACCAUGUUUGA